GGAAUUGUUUACAUUUUGGUUUUGCUUAAAAGUGUUUUGGUUGUGUUGCGGAAAGAAUAUAAGGAAAAUCUAUUUUAAAAAAUGUAUGCUGCUAUAGCGCUAAUGGACGCCGAGGAAUCUGAAGAAAGGGAAAGGCGGAUACAGAGGAGGAGAUUGCGAGACCACACCAAUGUAAUGGAACUACCUGAGACUGAAUUUGUUGCAAAUUUCCGAAUCAAUAAGGAAAUAUUCCAGUACAUUUUAAAUGAAUUACAAGAGCAUAUGGCUCCAUCACAUAGAAGCACCCACCUAUCGCACCAGCUGAAACUCGCGACUUUUUUAAGAUUUCUGGCCACCGGCAGUUACCAAAAAUCUGUUGGUAACGAAAAUAUUUCGUCGAUGGGGCAGUCAACUGCAGCCAAAGUGAUUAAGGAGUGCCUAAAUAUUUUUGAGGACCACUUUUGCCAGAAAUGGGUGAAUUUUAGGAGAAACAACGAUGAGGAAAAUGCUGUUAAAGAAUAUUUCUUUGAGAAAUACGGAAUACCUGGGGUCAUUGGUUGUGUUGAUGGAACACACGUUCGUAUUAAGUCGCCAGGAAGUGACAACCUCCAUCUAUACCUCAACCGCAAGGGUUUUUACAGUGUUAAUGUAAUGGCGAUAUGCGAUCACAACAUGGACAUUAAAUUUGUUGACGCUAGGCAUCCAGGGGCGAAUCAUGACUCAUUUGUUUGGAAUGUGAGUGUCGCAGAGCAGGAGCUAAAAUCUGAUUAUAACAAUGGGAAAACCAACACAUGGCUACUUGGUGAUUCUGGUUACCCCUUGCAGCCAUACUUGAUGACGCCAUUCAGAAGCGCAGCCGAUGGAAUUCAACGAAAUUACAACACAAAGCACUCGAAAGCUCGUAAUGUAAUUGAGAGAUGUUUCGGUGUUUUGAAAAACCGAUUUCGAUGUAUAAUUGGCUCGAGAGGACUACAUUAUUCACCGGAAAAAGUAACACAAAUUGUAAAUGUGUGCUGUGCUAUUCAUAACGUUUGUAUAUUUUUCAAACAUCAAAUUCCAUUGGAGAUCCCAGAUAUGGAGAAUCUUGUUAGUUACGAAGAAGAACUUGAAAACAGUAACAUUUCGAAUACAGCUGCCCUUAUUAGAAUGAGAAUAGCAGAGAGUUUGUUAUAAACGCAGUUUUAUUAUAAAGUAUGUGUGUCUAGAUUUC